AUGCAACCGUGUUUGGCGUGUUGCAAUGAAUGCGAGGGCGAGGGUGAGGGAGUAGAUCUGCACGUGGACGUCCAGAACCUGAUGGUUUGUGUGCUGGACCCUGCCGACCCUGACGCCCAUGACGCGUGCGACGCGCCUGUGCGAAGGUCCCAAAGUUCCCACAGUUCCCACAGUUCCCGGGGCUCCAAGCCCACGGAGGAGAGGAGAGUCCCUGGUGAUUCAUCUGGAGCCUUUCAACUGAAACACCGUUCGGGCACUGCCAAUGUCUUCAAUGAAGAGGUCAUGACACACGCAGCAUUGAAGGAUUGCUACAACAACUACAUGCUUCUCAUUGGCAACAGCGACCACCUGCUGCCUUUGGCUCGCGCCAGAUUACAACAGGGUUUGCGCUUGUGUGUCAUCGAUGUUGCUGGCGCGGAAGAGCGCGUUGAACGAGUGCAAGCUGACACCUUCAUGCGUGCCUGGGAUCCGCCACCCUCCGAAUGUAGCCAUGCAGUCUGCAAGUUGUGGGGACAUCUGGCAGCGCACCAGCCACGGCACUGGUUGCUCCGAGGGCCAGACCUGGUGCGACUUCUACCGGGUCAGGUCCUGCAGAUUGUUGAGGUCGAGCAGUAUGGCAUCGGCGUGGUGGUACGGAACGCUUCUGGGCAGCUGAGUUGGGCAUUGGAAGGCUAUGUAGUGAACGUGGCAGGCUAUGAGCCAAGGAGUAUGCCAACCCUCAGGGAGCACCUGAGAAAUGAGGGUAUUGAAGAACUCAUCGAUCAGGUUGGUCCUGAAUUUCAGGAGGCCAAGCCCUAUGGCAUGUUCGACAAGCCCCACGUUUUUCUCUCCUCGGCGCUCUUAAUUCCUGUGCUGGGUCUCAACAUCACUGGCUGGAUGGUUUUUUCCCGUGCAAGCUUUGGAGGUUUGGAGUUCUUCCGUGGGCUCUUUCUCUUCAUUGUUUGCUUGCCCAUCUACCGUUUCGGCAGCAGUUUCUGGGGCGAAGCCUUCGCCGGGCACUACACCUCCUGGCGCUUCCACGCGGUGCUGACGGCCUGCGCGGCCACGGUAUCAAUGUCCCUGCCAUGGCUCUUUAGGCUUUUGGGCCUUGGCAUUCCCAGCACCAUGAUGAUGGUCAGUGGUGGGGCUAUGACUUUGAUUGGAUGUUCGGUUUUCCAGUUGUACUGGCAAAGGCGUAUGGGUCGCUUGCUACGAAACUUUUGGAGGCACCUUCAAUGGGGCUGUGCCAUUGUGGUUCUCUCCUUUGGGGUGUGGCUUUGCCUCUAUGUCUCCGCCACGAUUUACAUCUUGCUGAUUUCCAUCCAAUCUCCCUUGUCUGUGGUGUUCCUGCCAGUGGCCACCUGGCUGCUGGAGUGUGGAACAGUCUUGAGCACCACCCUAGCUGCUCGGCACAUUGUGUUUUGGCCUCGGCAUGAGAGUGAAGCGGAUGCCAUUGACGGGGACCAGCGCUUGCAUGUGGGCAGUACGCAGUGGAAACACAGGAGGCAUCGGUGCAUUGGUGCUCUCUUUCUUUUUAAACCUUUGGGCACGCUCUGGCUGGGGCAGGUUUUUCACCAUUUGGAGCGUGUCCAAGCUGACCAAAUUCCUACCUUGCUGCACCAUGAAGCCUUUGGCGUGGUUGGCUCCCACCAUCUUGUCAAAGUUGCACGAUGA